AUGUUGCCGAUAACAACUUCCGCACAGGAACACACAAAAAAGAAGCCUUGGCUCAAUUGCCUGUUUCAUGAUACCGAUAAAACGGCUAUUAAGAAACCCGAUGAGUUUGGAAUUAGUGAGAAAGAUUAUGCUCCGUUAUCAAACAUCAACAGUGAUAUAGUGGAUCGUAUCCAAGGCUCAAUGUUUGGUUUGGCAGUAGGCGAUGCUCUUGGUGCUCAUGUUGAAUUUAGACCUCAUAGCUAUUUGGUUGUUAAUCCAGUGAAGGAUCUAGAAGAAGGAGGAACAUGGGGUCUAGCACGAGGACAGUUCACCGAUGAUACUUCUAUGGCACUUUGUUUGGCUCUUUCACUUAUUGCUUGUCAAGACUUUGUUUCAUACGAUCAAUUGGUUCGCUACAAGUGGUGGUAUCGAUAUGGCUAUAUGUCAUCAACUGGCCAUUGUUUUGACAUUGGAGCAGCCACGAAAGAUUCUAUUCAAGAAUUUGAAAAGCGUCAGAAACAAUUUGCACAUGAUCAUAGUAUUCAUUUAGAUCAAAUAGACUUUUUGUCUAAUCGUGAUCUUCUUCAAGCCUUCGAUGUCAAAUGCAGUAAAGAAGGUGUAGCCGGUAAUGGUGCCCUGAUGCGUCUCGUACCUGUGCCAAUCUUCUUCUUCCGACAUCCUGUAGCAGCCGUGGAGUAUUCAGGCAUCAGUAAUAUAAUUACCCAUGGAGAUGAAAAAGCUUAUGAUGCUUGUCGUUAUUACGGAGCUCUUAUCGUAGCUGUUCUUCAUGGUGCAAACAAAAAUGAAUUGACUAGUAAUACAUUUUACGAUGAUCAUUUGAUAUGGUUUGGUCAUCGCGCGCUUCAUCCUGAAGUCAUGACAGUUGCUCGAGGAUCAUACAAAAGACCAGGUGGUUAUCAAGAUGGAAUUCGAGGAAAAGGAUAUGUUAUCAAUGCUUUGGAAGCUGCUUUAUGGGCAUUUUGGAGUGAUGAAGACUCGUUCGAAAAAGGUGCGCUUAAUGCAGUUAAUCUAGGCGAUGAUACAGACACAACAGCAGCUAUUUACGGUCAAUUAGCUGGUGCUUACUACGGAUACAAGAAAUUGCCAACAAAAUGGUUGGAUUGUAUCUAUGCUAAGAAUUUUAUACAUUGUGUAAGCACUUGGAUUGCUUACGAAGGGGAACAUUGGUUUAGCAAUCAGACUUUUUCAACCAUACCGUCGAAUACAAUUGUACGUAAGGCAGUCAAUUCUUCUGGUCGUAUUGGACAUCUCUAUGAUGGAUGGCAAGAUCAUAUUAUAGAAUUCCUUGCUACAGCACGUUGGUUUGAUGGUCAUGAAUCGAAAUAUGAAAAGAGUUGGUUGAUUUCAAAGAAACAAGUGGAGUUACUUCUUUAUUGGGUUCGUCAAGCUGAUCGUCCGUAUCUCAUACAUCAAUGGGUACAACGAGCAGAAUAUGCACGACUCGAAGUCUUGCAGUUGAUUCGUCCGAUAAUGGAAACAAUGCGAAAUAUUCUUCGAAAUCACAUUUUACACAAGGAUUAUUCAUUAUUUGAAAAGGUAUUUCAUGGUAUACAUGCAUUUCGAGAUGCUCAUUUAAAAGAUGAAAAAACAAAGGCCACAUAUUACAGCUACCUCACUCAUAGAACAGCGUCGUUAGAUUACACUAUCAUUCUGAACGUGUAUACAGAAGAUUUCGUACGAACUCAAGGAGCUAAUAUAAAAGAAAAAAAAUGA